AUUCCCCUAAAUAUCUGAAGCAAUUACUCCUCCCUUUGUCUCAAGAACUCCAGUCUCCAGAUUCGUUUAAAUUCUCCAUCGUAGAAAUAUAUGGUGAUUGAGGGUGUAACCAAAUUGCUAUUGCGGUUUUGCUAUAAAUAGGAACGGUGGUUCUCCUGGAUUCUCCCUCUCCCAAAUCUUUUGAUUGUUCUUGAGAUUCUUGGUGAACCAGAAGGAAUCAUGGAUGAGGGAAAAUCCAUGGACGGAUCUUGCUAUUACUCUGUUCUCGGUAUCAGUAAGGGUGCUUCAUCCACGGAGAUUCGAUCUGCAUAUCGGAAGCUCGCUCUGGAAUGGCAUCCGGACAAAUGGACAAAAAAACCGUCGCUCGCCGGAGAAGCAAGCCGGAAGUUCCAGAAGAUCCAAGAAGCUUAUUCAGUCUUAUCGGAUCAAGCAAAAAAGUCUAUGUACGACGCCGGAGGUCUUGAUUUACUCGACGACGUUGAUGACAACGAAGGAAUGGGAGAUUUCUUGCAUGAUUUGAUGAAGAUGAUGGACCAGAACACCGGUGCUGAGGUGGAAAGCCUGGAGGAUUUACAGAAGACGUUCGUGGAGAUGUUCGGUGACGAUUUGAGGGAGUUUAUGGAGAAGCAAGAUCAAACGGGGAGGAAGAGGGCACGUGUGGAGAAACCCAACAUCCCAAGAAGCAGCAGGGCAUGCCGCUAGGGUUAUUUCAUUACUUUCAAGACCUGGGGGUAGUUUCGUAAACUCAACUGUAAAACUGGAUAUUACAUGAAUGAAAUGAAAUUCACCUUUCCAAUCAA